AUGCCCAAGUUACCAGCAUACCUGUCCUUUUUGUCACUACCGGCACUGCUCACUCAGACCGUCGCACUUCCGGCCUCAGUUUCGGUGGCAGCUACUGCGCCACCACAAGCGACAAUUGUUCGUCGUUUCCCUGAUGGAACCGCUCUUGAGAACUUGGCUGUGCGCAGCGACGGCACUAUCCUGUUGACCAGCUUGUACACGAGAGAGAUCUUCUAUGUCGACCCCAUGAACCCUCAGAACGUAUACUCGAUCGCCAACUUGCCUCCUGGAGACACCUUCACCAGUAUCACUGAACACGGCGAUGAUAUAUUCUAUGUCGUGUCGACAAGCUUCCAGACCAACAACCACCAGCCAACAGCUGCCGACACGGAGAAAGUAUGGAGCUUUAAUCUGCGCGACUGGAGUGGCAAGGGAAACACAUCGCUGCCUCUAACCUUGGUCUCCAAUAUCACCCAAGGAGGAUUUUUGGAUGGACUGACCAGCGUCGAUGGAACCGAUUACCUGCUUGCCACCGAUGCCCAAAAGCCCGUGAUCUGGCGCAUCAACACUGUGACCGGGGCUUACGGCGUAUCUCUCAAUAGUUCGGCUCUUGCUCCUGUUGGCACGGGGGCCGUCCUUCCGAACGGGACUGUUGGCGCAAAUGGCUUAUGCUACCGGGCUCCUUAUGCAUACUUCAGCAACACGCGCCAGAAAACAUUUGGUCGCUAUACCGUCGGUCCGGCGGGCACGGCUGUCGAUGGCACUCUCCAGAUUCUCGGGGUCGGCACCGUCAUAGAUGACCUGCAGCCUGUCCAAGGUAAUGGAAGAGGCGCUUAUCUCACUGCACCCGUUACCAACCAGAUCGUAUAUGCCCCAGGCAACGGUUCCAAUCAAACAACUCCAAUCGCCGCGGUAGGGGGCCCAACAUCGGUCCGCUGGGGACGAACUCAACGAGACCAGAACACGCUUUAUAUAAGCAGCACAGGCAAUAACACAGCGUAUGCUGGCGUCUCAGAUCCGGCUUCUGUGCUCACCAUUGGUGGCUCCUUGUCGAAGAUUGAAUUGGGUGGGACGUGGGCCGACUGGCAUUAG